CUCAUUUCUUCAACCCCCGAAAUACCACAAACGCCCCCCGAUCCAACCAUCCCCAAUGGAAUCACCCAACCCCCAACAGGUCAAUUCCAUGGGCGACCAAUCCCCCCUCUCCCCCAACCUCCACCCCCUCUCCCCGUCGCCCUCCGCCGCCGCCGCCGCCGCCGCCACUCCUACCCCCGCAGCCGCCGCCGCCUCCUCCCGCUCGUCGCGCUCCAAGAAGCCGCCGCACUCCUCCGACCCCAACCAAUCCAAGAAGCCCCGGCUGACGCUGACCGUCCCCGGCCGCCCCCUCUCCGCCGACGGCGAGGUGGCCGCGGCCAUCCAGCACCUGCGCGCCGCCGACCCGGCCCUCGCCACCGUCAUCGACGCCCACGACCCCCCGGCCUUCCAGUGCCCGCACCGCCCCUUCCACUCCCUCGUCCGAUCCAUCCUCUACCAGCAGCUCGCCUUCAAGGCCGCCGCCUCCGUCUACUCCCGCUUCCUCUCCCUCCUCGGCGGCGAGCACAACGUCCUCCCCGAGGCCGUCCUCGCCCUCACCACCCAGGACCUCCGCCAGAUCGGGGUCUCCCCUCGCAAGGCCUCCUACCUCCACGACCUCGCCCGCAAGUAUGCCUCCGGGAUCCUCUCCGACGCCGCCGUCGUCAACAUGGACGACCGCUCCCUCGCCGCCAUGCUCACCAUGGUCAAGGGCAUUGGCGCAUGGAGCGUCCACAUGUUCAUGAUCUUCUCCCUCAAUCGCCCCGACGUGCUCCCCGCCGCCGACCUUGGGGUGCGCAAGGGCGUGCAGCAUCUCUACGGUCUCGACGCCGUGCCCCGGCCGUCGCAGAUGGAGAAGCUAUGCGAGCAAUGGCGCCCUUACCGCUCUGUUGGGGCAUGGUACAUGUGGCGGCUCAUCGAAUCCAAGGCGCCGCCGCCGCCGCCGGCCAUCCCUGUCGGGCCGCCUGCACUGACUGAACAUGGCGAUGAGCUCAUGCUCCAGCAGCAGCAGCAUCAGCAACAGCAGCAACAGAGUGUCAUCCAAAUGAUUGAUCCUCUUCAGAUGCUCCCAGGGAUGGGUUGAAUUCGGUAUCUAUUCUGCAGUUCUGCUCACUACUUCUUGGUAUUAGUUGGGUCGUUACUCCGUGAAUCCAAUGCUUGUUUUAUGUACCUAUUGUUCUGUAUUGGGGGAGAUUGGAAGAGGGUAGAGCUGAAAAUGAGGACUUGGGGGGAACUAUUUAAUGAACCAAUUAGCUUCGUGUCGUUCAUCUCGUCAACUUCUUGGAAAUGUUGGGUCCUUAGUCCAUAAAUCCGAUGCUUGUUUAGUUUUAUGUAUCUAUUGUUCUGUAUUGGGGGAGAUUGGAAGAGAGUAGACCUGAAAAUGAGAGGAGUUGGGAGAACUAUUUAAUGAAUCAAUUAGCUUCGUGUUGUUCGUCUUGUCAA